UCGUAUUAAUUGACUCACCCAGUCAGUCAUAUACUUUACUCCUUGGGUUCACCGGUCUACCGGUCUAAACAACUGCGGGCAGAAUCGGAGGGACAGGAAGUUAAAUGAUCGUCGAGGAGGAGAAGGAGGAGGAGCAUGUCAUGGUCAUUACGUCUUCUGGCCUGCCUGCAGUGUCUAUUUAAGCUGCCCCUCCUUCCCUCCUCUCAACCCCGCUUCUUUUCGUCUCUUCCUCUUCUCCCCAACACAAUCACUCGUCCUGUCUUCAUCCACCUUCAUCCAUCUUCGACAGAUACUACCACUAUCUCCAGAAGAACUCAAUUCGUCCAAUGUAAACACCACCUACCAUGGCCCCUCGCGGGUCUUGACGGUGGAAGUCAUGCAAUGCCUUGAACUGGAUAAUACCAGCGAAAGGAUCAUGCCUUCCCUCGUGCCCCCUUC